AUGUCAGAGCUUAAGCUCGCUAUCACUACUAUCGCCAUCUUCCGCCAGAAUGCUACCCAGGAUCAGGAACUGCGGCCUGCCGUUCAGAGAGUCCCUGCUGAAAUCUGGCCAGAAUGCUGGAACGAACAGUACUGUAGCAGGAAUGAUCUUCAUCAACUCUCCCAGACCUGCUGGCUUUUCCGCCGCAUCUGCCUGCCAUUGCUAUUCCGGAGGCUUGAGCACCGCACGCCCGACCCAUACUAUGUAAGGCGAACGAGCUGGAGGUUUUCCAAGCGUAUACUGCAGAAAUCAAUUAAUCGCUUUAUUGUCUUGGCACUGAGUCCUUCUUUGUCUCAAUUACGCUCUUGGGUACAAAGCUGGGAUUUCUACGGCGAAAAUUACUUGGGCGAAAGUUAUACUUCACAGAACUACCAACACCAGCUCCAGGACUUCUAUCUCCUGGUGGAACAAACUUUCUCCACUCUUCUCCCCUUUUACGGCAACUUGAGGUCGCUCACCGUCCAUCGGUUUUGUAUCGAUAAUACUUUCCGCGCAUCGUUGGACCGUCUUGCCUUCCUCGAAACAUUUGUCGUUGAUGAUUGCGAAUAUGAAUAUACUGGCAAUGCUGGAUCACCUCUCCCCGUGCAAAAAUUCCGUUCCGGCGAUCACUUCUGGUUAUAUGAUACUUUCGUUUGGAAGAUUUCUUUGCAGGCUUUGACCAAUCUAGAUAUUACUGGACGUGGUGCGAGAGAGUAUAUCUCUCAUUUCUCUGGCCUUGGUCCGUUAAUCAAUCUCACCCACUUGAAGCUCGACGUAGAAUCAGGGGAUUCUUUUGAAAUUCUUCCCUAUUGUCCUCAGUUGAGGUCGCUUGUCACCAGAUUGAGCGGUCGCAUUCCCAACCCGUCUUUCUCCCAAGCCGUAUCUCCGAAUGCUAUCCCUCUUCUCUCCUCGUAUGCCGGGCCACUGUGUUUGAUGGAAUAUUUCGUUCAAGGCCGUCCUGUGACACACAUCGAAUUCAACGAUCACGAAGUUGUCGAUUAUGACGUCCUUGGUUCCAUGCUGUUCAACAUCUCGUGUUGGAACCCCAACCUCAGGAGUCUGGUCCUAGGAUUAGUUCCUUUGGGACCCGAGAUAUUUGGUAUCGUGGAGUCGAUUUUUGGGAGUCAGCUGGUAGAGCUGGAGAUCAUGUUCUACAAACCGCAGGUUGGUGGGCUUGCUCUGCCUCCUCCCGUGGUCCAACAACCGCAGGUUCAUGCGUCUGCUCUGCCUCUCAUGGUCCAACAACCGCAGGUUCACUUACAUGUUCUGCCUCCCACCAUCCAACAAAUGAACGUUAAUGUCGUUGCAAACGUUCCUCCUACGGCUGUGAACAUCCCGGAAGAGGCAUUCAAUUCACAUCACGACUCGAAUUCUGAUGAUGGUUCCGACGUGUCCAGCAUAUCCGACGCCAACGCCGUUUCAUCCGAGUCCGAUUCAGAUUACGAGCCAGAUUCUGAUAGUGAUUCUGACGUGUCCGUAUCUGACGCAGAAGUGGAGAGGAUAGAGAGUGGAGAGGUACCGUACGGGUUGCGACCCCGGAACCUUCGAUUCCCCAAUAUCGCUCAAGCUUUACAGGACUGGCGCAAAGCAGAUCUGCCUACUAUCUCAGUAGAUGGAGACGGCAACCCCGUGAAUGGGUCGGAUACUUUACAGGGCUUGAUGGACCACAUUGUCCUUGGACGGGUGCCCAUGCCCCCUGCGCUUACACAUCUCCGAUUGAUGUGUACCAAGGCUACAUAUAUGACGCAAGAGGUAAAAAUGAAACCUUUGGGACAACAACCUCUCGUCUUAAUACUCUCGCGACUUCAUCCGUCCCUGCGAGAGGUGAUCCUAUUCCACUCCGAGUGGGCUUGGGAACUAAGGAAUGAUGCUUGGUGGUUGACUGAGAUCCCGCAAGAGUGA